AUGGCUGACGGAGGAAGAUCUGCUGAUUUGCAGCCGUCGGUGCUUGUCAAAAUCUUCUCGGCCGGGGCGGCCGGAUGUGUGGCGGACCUGGUCACCUUCCCGUUGGACACGGCUAAAGUCAGGCUGCAGAUACAAGGCGAAGCCAAACCCUUGGUGAGAGGUCAGAGGGCCACAUACCAAGGUGUGUUUGGUACCAUCUUCACCAUCGUAAACUCUGAGGGGGCUAGGGGACUUUACAACGGACUGAUCGCCGGCCUGCACAGACAGAUGAGCUUUGCAUCAGUGCGGGUUGGCCUGUAUGACACCAUGAAGCACUUCUACAGCAGCGGCUCAGAGAAUGCCAGCAUUGUGGUUCGAUUGCUGGCAGGCUGCACCACGGGGGCCAUGGCGGUGGCGGUGGCCCAGCCCACCGAUGUGGUCAAAAUCCGCUUCCAGGCGCAGGUCCGUAUGCCGCAAGGCAGCGCGGCAACCAGGUACACCGGCACCAUGGAAGCCUACAAGACCAUAGCCAGGGACGAAGGGAUCCGAGGACUUUGGAAAGGUUGUCUGCCAAACAUCACUCGAAACGCCAUCGUGAAUUGCUGCGAGAUGGUCACCUAUGACAUCAUCAAGGAGCGUAUCCUGCGUUCCGGGCUGAUGACUGAUGACAUGCCCUGCCACUUCACGGCUGCCUUCGCCGCCGGCUUCUGCACCACCGUGGUGGCGUCUCCGGUGGACGUGAUCAAAACGCGCUACAUGAACUCCCUACCUGGACAGUAUAGCGGCGCCAUUAAUUGCGCUUUCACUAUGCUGUUCAAAGAAGGACCCACAGCCUUCUAUAAAGGAUUCCUGGCCUCCUUCUUGCGCUUGGGCUCGUGGAACAUAGUUAUGUUUAUGAGCUACGAGCAAAUCAAAAGAGGGAUAGCAAGACUGCACAAGUCCCUGGAGUCGCGGCUUUAA